CCGCCCCCGCCGUCGGCGCCGAGGGACCGAAACCCUCGUGACUGGAACGCUCGUGGCGCAAGUUCCACCACCCCGUUUAGAAAAAUAGUGACACCCACUCCCCUUCCAGGACUGGCCAGGGCGCAACCACUCUCCCGGGACCGAGGGGAGGCUCCUAUCCGGACGUGACAGCACCUUGACCCGGAACAGGAGGGAGCCGGGUCAGCGGGUCCUCGGCCGCGGCUAUGGAGGGAGCCGGUUACAGGGUGGUGUUUGAGAAGGGAGGCGUGUACCUGCACACCAGCGCCAAGAAGCACCAAGACCCGGACUCCCUCAUCGCUGGCGUCGUCCGUGUUGUGGAGAAGGACAACGACGUCCUUCUGCACUGGGCUCCGGUGGAGGAGGCUGGAGAUUCCACCCAGAUCCUCUUCUCCAAGAAGGUAGGCUUCCCUCGCUUGCCCCUUCUCCACUGGCGUUGUCCUAGGCCCAGGCAGUGGAAGGCAUUUGAAAGUGCUGGGUGCAGUCCCAGGCCUACCCUCGGGGCAGAUGUGACCCUGUUUGGUUUCCUGUCUCUGUGAGAUGGGGCUGAAGAUGCCCCUUCAUGGGAAGAAGGCGGGUUCGUGGCUGCGGGGACAGCUGCCCAGGUACUCCCUUUGCUUCCUGGGAGAGCCCUGCCGGGACAAGAAGACAGCUGGGCCUGUGGAUUGGGUGGCACGGGUUGUUAGCCCAUAAGAACUUGAAGAAGUGUGGCGUUCCCUCUGGGGCAGCCCUGCCGUCAUGUCCGCAGAGGGAACAGGACCCGACCAAGGCUACUCGCCUACGUCCAAGGCACCCCUUCCUCCCCCCAGUCCAGGACCUCGCUUUUCGCAGUACGUGUCUCCUGGGGCUGCUCCUUGCCAGGCCCUGAGCUGGACGGUGCUGGCACCCAGAGACAAUCCCGCCCAGACCCUGCCUAAGCCCUCAUGACCAUUCUGUUUCUGAGAAAUUGAGGCACAGUGAGAGGAAGCCCCUUUUCCGGGAUG